CCGAAGCGUCUGCCUACUUCGAUUUAGUUUGGUUAUUAUUAAAGCAUCUGUGUCGCGCCUACUUCGAUUGUUGCUUAGAAGUAUGUGGAUCCAGGUUCGAUUAUCUGAAGAAAAAGCUGACUUCCAGGUUUCGAUUUGAAGGGCAUUUCGUCUGGGAUCUCUUCCUGGUGUUGUGUUUUCGAGAUGGGCAAUUAGUUCCUUCAAAAAUGAUAUAUGUGCAAUCAGUUCCUCCAAGAAACACAUGCACCACACUGGGCACAGGCCAUGUCAUAUAUCUUUUGGGAUAGGGGUGGUGACAAGCAUUGGAACCCAGGGCGGUCGCCCGUAGCGUGGAUACUUUCUCUUUUAGAAGUUUUUAUUGAUUUUAGGCUUGCCCUGGUUGUUUCCUCCUCAGUUUGUCCCAUCCCACUUAGAGGCUGCAUAAUGUUUAACAUCAUUCGCAUAUCUUCCUUGUUAAGGAAUCGGUUAUAUACCUUUUUUUCUUUGUAGAAAUCAACCGCACAUCUCAUUAUUUUUGUUGGUACAUUAUCGUGUGGAUAGAUAUGUAGGUUUGCUGCCUAAAAAGAGCAGAUGUGGUGAUGCAAUUGGGGCUAGGGUGAGUGUCUGUUGCGGCAUUAAGAUAGUGAUGCAAUCGCGGCUACAACUAGUGUUUUUUUUGUCUUUUGUGAAGUUAUCUUGUACAUCGGUGCAAUUAGUGCUCAUGCAUACAUCAUGUAGGAUUGCGUGCUCGCAACAUUGCCAACCAUGCGCCAGAUAGCACCACAAGAUCAAAUUUACCGGCAUGCAUUAACCCAUUGAUUAUAUGACAUGUCAUCACGACACCUGUCCACAGGAGGACUCUUUGUAGUAGAAUUCUUGGUAUGCAUGACAGCAUGCCAUAAAUCAGUGAAACUGUUGCAUGUUAUAAGUAAUGAAGCUGGCCAAUAAAUUACCUUAUUUACCCUUCAGACUUUUUCUUGAGGAAUCAUCUUAAAGCAGCACAUCACCAUUUGGUUUGUUUUGAAAUUUGAUAAUUGAGACUUGAGACCCUUUAGGACUUGGAAGUUCUAAUUAUUGCAACUGAAGUAUUGAUAUGUUUGCUAAUUAAUAGGUGAAUGGCCUGCUUGCUUUGUUUCUUUCAUAUGAACACUAGGUACUGAAUGAAGAAGAAAAAAAUAGUACUGUGGGCUAGAGCUAGGGAGAACAUGCAUGUGCCCUACAUGCGCCUUAGGUAAAUUUGGAGCCAUGAACAUACUGAGAAUACAUGUGAACAUAUAGCCAUCAUUAUUACAUCGUUCAUCACUAGUCACCAAAAGCAAGCGUGGUGAUAGAGAACAGAUAACAUUAAGUCAUGACGGGAAGGGUUCACUCCUUCUUAGACCAUGUACAAUGCAAGAUGCUUAGAGAGGUGCUUAGUAAAACAAACUGUGUUUUUCUUAAGCACCGGUGCUUAUGUCUGUGACAGGGGUGCAUAAUUAAGCAUCUGCUCUCUACAGAUAAGCAUCGGCUUGCAUUGUACAUGGUCUUGCAUGUUCUUUACAUUGGAAACUGAAGAAGCACAAGAGGACAAAAUAAUGAUGUUAACUUUUGUAUUUCUCAAGUAAGUAUAUCUUGUUCAACCUCCCUGUCCAAAUACAGGUCAGCUUUUGAAUAAAAACUUAGAUGGAGUCUACUUAAAUUCUUGUCCUUUUCUGACAUCGUCUGGUAUAUAGUGUGUAUCUUUUGCCCUUGGUGAAGGUCUCACGCCGAAAGAAGGUAUUAGAUCCAUAUAUGGUUAGAUCCACCACAAACAUUGGCAGAUUUCGUUUCCGCCCCAUAGGGUCUCACUGACCUGAUGGAAAAUCUUUCAGUUUUAGUUCUUGAUCGAGAUCCGGUUUCCCUGUGGACCAUCUCCAAUACGCUUGCUAGAUUCAACUUCAAAGUUCUUCCAUUCGAAACAGUGGAAGAGGCUCUAGAUUCCCUUAAAAGGGGGGUUGCUAAAAAUGAGGAGCUUGAUUUGGUAGUAGCGGAAGUUCAUCCUGGCAAUGCAGAGAUGGACACCUUGGUGCUGUUUCACCACAUCCUGAAUGCACUUAAAGUGCCUCUCAUCACUAUGUGUGCCUAUGAUGAGGCAGUCUCUACACGCUUGACCCUUGGAACAUGCUUCAAUGUGGUUAAGCCGUUGGAUACUGAAACCGUCAAUUUUCUGAGGAUGAGAGCACUUCAACACAGGUCUAUUAAAAAUCACAGGUCUGAAACUGAGGAUGAAAAACAAGAUGCGUUGAACGCGAAUGUCUAUUCAGAGAAUCUGGGUUGGUUCUUAUGGAGCAGUGAGCUCCAUGAGAAGUUCUUGCAGGCUGUUGAAGUGCUUGGGGCGUCUGCUAUGGCUCAAAACAUUCACCAGUACAUGAAUGCCAAGGAUUUGAAUUUGACCAUACAGCAUGUUGCAAGCCAUCUCCAGAAACACCGGCUGCGAGCGCAGAGGCAGAGGUUAUCUCACGAUGAAGAGGGCUAUCAACAUUAUGCCAGAAUGAAGGAAUUAUCUGAGAUGAUGUCAUCAGCAUACAAGGCACCCAGUGCUAAACCCAAUAAUCAUUUGGCAACAACCCAGACGCAGUUCACGCAUGGGGUUGCCUCUUCUAUCUGGGACAAGUACCCCGGGAUGGUGUGGCCACACAUGGAGGGAAGUUCAGCAGCCUCUGCUAUGUGGUACAGUUACCCCGGAAAGCGGUGGGGACAAGUGGGGGAGAGUUCGGCUGGAGCACGAGUUUCUCAGACUAAUGCACGUCCACCUCCAGUUCUGAUACAUGGUACCAAAUCUAUCUGGGACUGGUACCAGGAGAGCCUGCAGCACUAUAAUGAGAGCCUGUCAUACAAACGUGAGGUGCUGCCUGUACAGAGCAAAGCACUUGAUGGAUAUGGACGUGAGAUUUUCAUCAACCUGGAGAGAGAGGAGAUCAGUCUUACUGAAACAGCAGGCAAGAUUGUCAUCAACCUGGAGAGCGAUGACAUGCAGAAAGACACCAAUGACGACGUGCACGCCGCAGUUACUCCACAGGAAGACACAAUGAACGAGGUGCACGCCGCAGUUACUCUGCAGAAAGACACCAUGGACGAGGCGCACGCUGCAGUUACUCCACAUGAAGUGAACGAGGUGCCUGCUGCAGCCAUGGGCGCUGGUUAUCUGGUGGAUCUAGCAGGCAAUGCCCUGCUUGACGGUAUAGACAACUACCACCCCGCCGCAGAGAAUGCGCAGUCUGAGCCUUUCAGUGACUGGGAUUGGAAAGAGGUGGAGAAAUUCUUGACGAACCAGAUGGAAGGACAGGGGCAGGAGCAGCAAGGCCUUGAACUAGUGGAUCUGCUCCAGGUAGACGGCAUUUCACCAGAGGAACUGCUCCAGGUAGACGAAGCCUGGAACCAGGCGCUUCAGCAGGCAAACCCGGCAAACGUCGUCGAGGACGAACCCAUGGCUGAAGAGCCCGCCGCUGGAGACGCCCCGGUGUCCGAUCCUGCGAACCAGUCCGGCGUCGCCGACAACGUGUUCGGGGUCUGGAGCCCCCAGUUUGCGGCGACGACUACGGCAUGCCGUUCUAGACCCGCCAGAAGAGGGGCAACUCAAGAACUGCUUUUAUUUUAGUAACAAUAAUAAGACUGGUGAAGUAUAAGCAAUAAAGGUUCAUGUGGAGAAAUCCCCAGGAGAUAUAUGGGAGAGCUGCUGAUGCUCGGACAUGUUACCAGUGCUCUGUGGCAUUGGUUAAACCCAUUUGUUAAUCGGUUUCCAGACUUCUA